AUGAAUGGAAAGACGAGGAUAAUCAAGACCGCAUUUAAGAAGCUCCUAAGUCGGGUGGACCUGGAAGAGUCAUUACCUGCCCAAUAUAUUGUACGAAUGUUUUUAAGUGGAUUGAAAGGAAAAACAGCAACCUUUGUGGCAGUCACCUCUCCAGGGAACCUUAAUGAAGCAAAUGUAGCAGCAAGAAAG